ACACACCCACACACCCACACACACGCACACGGCGUACAUGCACACACAGGUACAUGCGCACACACACACACACACAUACACAGGCACACACAUGCUUUUUCCUUCUGCCUGUAUUUUCUCCACUUCAAUUAUUAGUAUUAUCUCCACUUCAAAAAAGAAACUGGUUAGCAAGUGACUGCGGGUAAAGUAUGUAUUUGGGGUUUGUUCGUACUUUCCUACAUUGAAAAAUGAUUCCUGUCUACUGUGUUACGUUCUUGACCAUGACAGUUAUGUCGGCAGCAUGCCAUGUAAACUUCGGAACCUAGCAAACCAAACCUCACAGAGGGUGAUUCAACUGUUAUGGUUUGAAAACUGCAAUAACUAAGUUCACACAUUAAAAUACUCAGUGGUCUGUACCGGAUGACAAAAAGUUGCCUACAUCCUUCAAAGACAUGGGGCAUCUUAACCUGAAAGCAAUUUGAUGGGGAAAACGAGAAGAGUCCCUUUAAGAUGACACGCACCGACCCGCCUGAUCUACUGGCAUCAACUGCGUACCGAGAUAUAGAAGCCAGCCCUGCCUCCACGCGUUCUGCGCACUUGUGCCCUUCCGCAAAAAAAUGUGAUGGUCACUGGCUCCCCGGCACACUGGAGGAUAACCAGGAGUGGAUUAACAAAAGGCGCUGUCGUAGCUUUGACCUGGAGUCGCUCAGCGACUCGAGAUAUUGCACAUCCCUGAUGGAGUACACGUACCGGAGGGUCGAGAGGCAUGCCGUUCACCCGGACCUGGCCUGGAAUGCUCUGGCCCAGCAGGGCCAACAGCGGUUUUCUUCGCCUGACCUCAUCAGUCACCGGCUGCCCGCUCAGUACAUUGCCACCGUCAGCAACCACAACACCACCGUGGUCUCUGAGCCGGGUGGGCCCGAGCUCAAGCGACGGGCGCGGUCCAAAAGUGCACCGCGGGUGAAGACUGGCUUCAGUCGCGUGCCCUGUGAGGCGUCCCCGCCUGUCGCAAGGAGGGGGCGAGAGGUCAGCCGGGCCCCGCGGGACCCCCCCAGGAAGCCCGAGGGGUCUCCAAGGCGGGAACCCACCCACAACACCCCCCCAAGCCGGCCGCUCGUCAACGAAGUGCAUCCCAUCAAGCUGCAGCCUCAGAGAGGUGACACCAGUCGGUACUCACCCCUCUAUGUUCCUGAUUGCUUCGUUAAGGAGAGCCGGCCUGAAAGGCAGCAUCAGCAGCAGCAGCAGCAGCCGGCCACCAGCCCCCAUGUCCGGUGCCGGGUGGACAUCAAGCCAGAUGCAGCCGUCCUGCACCAUGCUGGGAAGAAGCUUCCAAUGACACCCCCCUAUCCUGCAGAGGUUCCCUGGCAACGCUACCACAUUGCUGGAGGCCACAGCCUGACUGUGCCUCGACACAUCCCCGCCUCCAGGACGGCCACACCCACCUCUGAUUCCUACAGCAGUGAAUACCGUCUUGCUUACCCCUACUCCAGCAGCGCUCCCAGUGGCUAUGUCCAGCCCCAGCCCGUGGAGAUCCCCCUGCAGAGGAUGCCCUCCCCACGGGAGUACUACGGGAGGGAGCGGAGGGCCUUCUCUAGCCCUAACGUGCUGACCAAAUUCUUCUAUGCUGAUGACCCUGUGAGCUACCCCAGUCCAGGGCCAGGGCCACACCCAAGGACUUACUACCAGGAGGACCUUUACAGCAAUCCCAGCCCAACCCUCACCCCAAAAAUGCAGUACUUUCAGCAGAAUCCCAGAGCUCGAGUGGUCCAUACCUCCCCAAGUCGGUCAUACUAUGGUGAUAUGGAGCCGUACCCCAUCCCUUACUCUUACCCAUUGCAAGCCAUGUAUCCCAAAUCUUACGCCACAUCUGAGCCGGGACCAUACAUCAUCCAAACGCCCCCUGCCAGGACCUACUACACGGAGGAUCCCCGCACUUACCCUGUCCAAACCGUCCCACCCAAGAUCUUCUAUGUCCAUGAGCGUUUUACCCCUCCACCCGAACACCACAUGCCCUCCAGGGGAUAUCACACGGAGGGACGUGUUCGGCAGGCUCGGGUGUGCCAGCCACAGGCGGAUGACUGGUAUGGCUCAGAGGUGUCAGGCCAUAGCACCCGCCACCCUUCUUCCCAGGCCUCACAGUACACCCCACCCAGGGUGCGGCAGGAGCCUGAGCUGACCCAUUGGUAUGCCAGCCCCUGCAUGGAAAACCCCAAAGUGGGGACUGAUGCCCCCCGGAGCUACUCCAAAUCGUGGGACAAUAUCCUGGACACGCGGGUCGAAAGGGAGCAGCCAAGGGAGCGUCAGCAGCAGCAGCUACGGAGACAAAGCCACGAUGAUAUCCUCUACCAGGGCAAGCAGACGUUGUCCCCCCCCAAUGACGACAGGCGACAGCCCGUGGUGGUCAACCUCUCUAGCUCGCCUCGCCGCUAUGCGGCCCUGUCCCUGUCAGACAACUCCCUCAUUGACAGAAGUCCCACGGAGGGUGGUGGGAGGCUCGGUGGAGGCCCCGGGAAGCCCUGGUUUGUGACACCAGAGAUCACUAUCACAGACAACGACAUCCACCAGGGUGGCAAACCCGACAGGAAGCAUGCUGAGGAGGAGGUACGUCCUCGUUCCCCAAGCUGGGAUGCCCUGGACUCUGAAGCUGGGCCAUCUGCAAAGGUAUCAUACCCAGAGACCGUCUCCUGUUCCGCAGUAGACCCCACCACCGCCAAAGAGAAGACCCAUGACAGCUCCUCCCUGCAGCAGAGUCUGGAGCAGCUCGAUGAGCUGCUGGCUGACCUUGUCAUCGACUACAAGCCCCCAGCCAGCAGAAGGCCCAGCGAGGACCUUCUGGGGCAGCUUAAGAAACUGAUUGGUGAGGAUGAGGUAAAGACAACAAGAACACCAUUGCCAAAAAAGGGUCGGUCCAGAGAAUUUGACUCCCCGGGCCCUUUGAAGAAGCAGCCCCAGCCGGCUUUCACAAAAAUGAUCCCUGGUGGCCCACCAGGAGACCUGGACAGUGGCUGCGACGGGCUUCAGCAGAGGAGCGCGGAGGAGUGCUCACCGGAUGAGAGCACAGAUGAGGAUGACACCAUGAUGUGCUCCAACAGCAAGUGCCAGCGUACCGAAACCCUCUUCAAUGCUUGCCUCUACUUUAAGUCCUGCCACAGCUGCUAUACCUAUUACUGCUCUCGCAACUGCCGACGGGAGGACUGGGACAUCCACAAGGAGAGUUGCCUUUAUGGCCGUGUGGGAAGCAUCUGCCGCCAUGUCAUCAAGUUCUGCCGAGAGACUGCAGAGGUCCACAAGGCCUUCUCCCGCAUUGCCAAAGUCGGCUACCUUUCCCGGGGCAGGGGGGUCCUCUUCCUGGGUUUCCCCAGCCAAGGUUCGUCUGGAAACUUCCUCCGGUAUGGCUUGGAGAGCCUGCUCAUGUCCCCUACUUACCUAUCCCUACGUGAGCUGGACAGCUUCAAGGACAAUCUGGGAGAGUACUGCAGGGAGCUCCAGGCAGCUGGGGAUGAGUACGACCCAAGCGAAUGCUUCCUCCUGAACGUGUCCAUUGCCGUGGGCGAUCAAGUGCCUGACAGGCCCUCACCAAGGGUCCAAGCCCCAACCGUCAGGAAAUAUGCCAAGGUGUCAUUGGCCUCCUACAGCCCCGAGCGGAAGGCUGCAGUGGCAGCCGCUGCAGCCGCGCGGAAGGACGGUGACAUGGAGACGCUGAUCCUCACUCCACCCCCUGGAAUGGCCGACAUUGAUCUGGAAGGUGAGGCAGGGCGGAAGGCCCGUGAAAUCUGCUUCAUCAACAUCCAGAGGGAGCUGAGGACCCGGGGGGUCUUCCUACGUCACGAAUACCCCCAGGUCUACCGCCAGCUGUGUGACUUUGUGGAGACCAAUGAAAGGUUCACACCAACCACUAUCUACCCCAUUGACAAGAGGACUGGAAAGCAGUUCAUGUGCAUGAUCAUGGCUGCAUCUGAGCCCAGGACACUCGACUGGGUGGCAACCCCAAAUCUCCUUGAUGACAUCAUAUAGUAUGCAGAGUAUGACAGAGUAUUGUUCAUGAAUUUCAUUUCACAGCUCAUUGUCAUGUAGUACAGACAGAGACCUUUGGAGCAUGUUCAAGACUUGACCCAGUGCCAGAUACUCUCUGGGCUGUAGGUAAACAGUGAGUCUAAACAGACUGAAUGGCCUGUUCACAUCAUUACCUACUCUUAUGUUCUUAUAAUCACAUGCACUGUUGAUGUACUGUAUGUACAGUGUAUGUAUAUACCAUAUCUAUAUAUCAAGUCUGUGUAUGUAUGCAGAUACAAAUCAUUUUUACUACAGAAAAAGAGAUAUGUAGUCACAUCUGGGUGACUGGUAUUGUUUGCAUCAGGAAAAUAAUACAGUGCACUGGAAUUGAAAAGCACAGUGCAGUAUUUGCUGUGAUCAUCUUGGUUUUAUACUGUUCUGUGUCUGAUUUAUGGCCAACACUGAUAUUGCAGAUACAUCCCUAACCCAAUUUUCUGCAUGUCCAUCAGUCUCGCCUUCAUCUGUCAAGUGUGGUUUAUUGAUAUAGUCUGUACUCAGGACAGUAAAACAUUUUGAGUUCUUAGUCGCUCUGCAUGGUAGCAACACUGACAGCAAAGUUUUAAAAUAAGUAGUGCAGAGACAGCUGGCCAUUUCCCUGUGGGUGAUUUGGGGGGUGAAAUCCUGUAUUGCCAUUAUAUUUGCAUAAAAAUGCUAUGGUCACUGUCUGAAGGGGCAUUACAUUUUGAGGUUUGGCAUCUUUUCUUCCCUGGUUCUGUUACACAAGUAGGGCUUCCGGUCUCUACCAGAGACAGUUCUGCAUUGAUUGUGUUUCAAACCUGGCAUAAAAUGUGGUUCUUGCUGUUGUAUAGAACUCUGUACAUGCUUAGUCAAAGGUCAGGUUAACUGAGGUUUAUUUUGUAGAAUUGUUCUGUGUUAUUUCUCCAGCUCAGCGGGCCAGUACACAUGACUUGAGUUGGCUUGACAUAAAUGUUUUCCAGGCAGUUAAAUGUAUGGAAUUUCAUGUCACUUUUACCAUUUAAAAAUUCUGUAUUACAACCACACACGCACACAUAUCCAGCCUCUAAUUCAGCCUCUUAUGCAUAUAUGUUAAUACAGUUUUACAGAACCAUGUAACAUGUACAUAUUUUUAAUUCACUGACCUUUAUUUCCAGUCUAAUGGGGAAACAUUAGACUGGAAUGUUGCAUGUAGCAUUUUGUGUCAUGUCAUGGAAAAAACAUUUCAUAUGAUGAUACAUUUCCACAAGGGGAGAAUAUUUUGUAUUGUGAAACAUAUUUAGUUUGCUAAUUACCCAUUAAAUGUAAAGGUAGCACUACCAAAGUAUCUUUUUGCUUUGGAUAAGAGACAAAAACAAAUGUUAAAGCAUCUUAGCGGUGUUCUGACUUAAGUCUUAUGUACUUGUAAAUCAGUUAGAUGAUUUCAUGAAAUCUCAAAAUGAAAACAUAUAAUGUCAGUCCAUGAAGUUGAACUGAGAUGGUGUUCUAUAUGGAUUCUAUAUCCUGGCGGUCUUGCAAAAUGAUGCAGUUAUAGACUGUGAUAAAGUAAGCAGAAAGAAAGCUAUGCUGCACUAAUCUUCCUAAAAUGAAUUUACUGUAAUGCUGCCAAGGCUGAUGUACUGUACUGUAUCCUCCAUUGUUUCUCUUAGCCAGAGGUUCCCAACCCUGGUAGUGCAACACGCCAGUGUGUGCUUCUUUUUGGGCCAGCCAUUAUUACAGUUUGUUUGGUAUAACUGGAUGUUAAUUGUUUUUCAUAAAACACUUUGAAUGUAUAAUUAGGGAUUAUUUACCUCACCAAGAGAUAUUUCUGUGAUAUUAAUAUCAUUAAUAUUCUAUAGUCAUUUGAAGACUUCAUGAGAUCAGUUCUCAGGCAAGUUAUGCUUUAAUUUCUUGUAAUAUACUGGGGCAAAUUAUUCCUUUUGAAAGAUGUCUUGAAUUUUCUGGCAAAGCCAGGGUUGGGAGCUCCUGCACUUGCCAAUUGUGGGAUUCAAGUGGGUUUCGAGUGCUCACUUGAAUUUACUUUUAAAGUGCUCUACUGGGUGAAAUGAAAGAUUUGUGGUUUGAGUGAUAAGACCUAAAGACUUGAAGUGCUAUUUAAAAGGCAUUACCUACAUUACCAUGUUACACAGAUUAUAUGGCUUGUACUGUAGCAACUGUAAUAUGUGUGAUAUUAGAUGACAAUUCUCACCUGAAGCCAUUUGAGAUAUAAGACACAUCCUGAAACUUAAAAGGAACCUGAAAUCAUCACUUAUAUAAUUCCAGAGAAGAUAAUAUACUUAUUAUUAAUACAUCAGGAAACAUUCUGGCAACAUAGCUGUAAUAUCCUUGAGUGCUUUCUUUGGGGACAAAAGUACGGUAUAUUUGUAUAGCACAAGCCUGUUAUGGUUAUAAAAACAGUCCCCAAACUAUACAAAACAACAAUGAAGAUGUGCUUAGAAAGGGUUUGAAUAAUUGAUCAGAAGUGAUACAUGUUAAUUAUUAAUUUGCUUUAAACCAUUUAAAUUAAUCAUUAUGUGCUUGUUCAGAUGUCUUAACCUUCUAGAUUCAACCCUGAUGGAUUUUCUAAAUGCCAAAAGCGAGCAGAAAUCGGCAAAGGUGCUCUUCGGAAAUUGGCGAGAACUGCAAAACUGUAAAAAAAAGAAAAGGAUUAUCACGCACUGCUGGGAAGGUGCUCACUGGGAGUGAUAAUGAUCCCAGAAUGCUGUGUGCUGUACGUGAUGCGCACCGUGUGAUUUAAUGUGUUGAACCGAACUAUGAUUUCAGCGUGCACGUGCCAAACUAUACCAAGAGACAUGGCAGAAUGCAUUUCUACUCUAGAAAAGUAGACUCUCUGGAAAAGUAUGUAAGUGUGCAGUGUAUGUGUUAGAAAAAGUAUUUACUACAAAGACUUAAUAAAUAUUACAAAUGACAGGGUGAAUCCCCAAAAAUAGCAGAAAAAGUCGUCAGACCAAUGUGUUACAAAUUCUUAGAAAGGUCAGGUCACUUUGAUCUGCGAUCUGAAGACACACACUAAUCUGGGCAUAAUAUGUCAUCCCAUCAGUGCUACAAGAGAUCAGCUGUUUAACCAAAAAGGGAAACAAAUCUUUAUUUUCUGAGCAUAAUCAGCAGUCAGAGAGUGAGUAGCUUAAAUAUGAACUUAUUUAUGUUUAUGUUUCCAGACCUAUGUGAUAAAUGAAACUCAAUGGAAGAACUGUACAACCUAGCUGGAGUUUAAAAAUGUGGCAUUCUGAUUUAAAGUUCCCCAUGGAACGAAGCAAAAAGUGUUCCCAAACACAGCUGUAUGAAUAUAUCUACAGAUGUGGAAAAGAAAGCCAGCUUGGCCCUUAAAGCACAUGCUACAGAUAUUAUGUCAAGACAGACUUGUACAGAUGCAAUGAGGGCAACGAUCUCAUUGGCUGCAUGUUACUUUGUAUCACGAUGAUGAUUAUUUUAUUGAAUAUAAAAAAUUGCUUGACAACUUAAUAUUUUUGAAAAACAGAAAAAAAUUAUAAUAUUUUGUUUCAGAAAAUACAUAUAUAUUAUAUUCUAUUUAUUGCAUUUAAAAAAAUUGCCUACUGUAGCAAAGGGAAUCAGGAUUUUUUUCUGAUGGCUGAGUUGCAGUUUCCAUAUGAAAUCAGGGGGGUUGUGAAGAAAAACACUGUUAAUUUACAAAAUUUUGCUGUUCUCUGAUUCUUUUAUUUUCAUGAUUUUUGUCCCUCCCUAUGUAUGAGUGUGUUGUUUAUACAUCAUGUGUUUAAUAAAUGAAGUGGGGAGAGUGAGA